AUGUCCAUGCAGGACUACCGCGGCAACACCAAGGAGCUCGCGGACGAGCUGCAGCGCGCCCACAACGUCAGCGGCAAGAGGUUCCGCGCCCUCUUCAACCAGACGCUGAACCAGUAUGCCCAGUGGUUCUACACCGCGGGCGGAGGAGCGCGGGGAGCGGCGCAGUUCGGCAGAGCCCAGCCUCUCGCCCCGGGCCCCCUGUCGAACGACGAGCACCACAUGAGGGCCGCCCGGGCGGACCGCUUCAAGACGCACCUGGACAAGGCCGCCGUGGCCAUGGUUAGCUUCAACGAUGGCGAGAACGCCAUGGUCAACGGCGGGCCCAUCACAGGCCAGCUCGACGAGAUGUGCUCGCGCCACGAGGCGAAGGAGCGCGAGAUGACCCGCCAGCUGGACAAGUUCGAGUGGAAGCAGGGCACCGACCCGAAGCACCCGGAGGUCAACCUCGCGCUCGCCACCCGCAAGUACCAGCGCAGCUCUGCGGACAAGGCAUACAAGAGCUCCGAGACGAGGACGUUGGCCGCCCUGUGGAGGACGAUGCAGUUCCUGAUGACACAGAUCCUGGACUUCGACACGAAGCCCAAGCCUCAGUUCGCCGUCCAGAGGGUGCCGUACAUCCAGUGCUAUUCGUACCUCCGCGACCGCACUCGUGCCAUACGCGUCGAGCUGCACCUCCAGCAGCCGCGCAGCACGACGCAGCGGACGUUCCUCGAAUCGCACGAGUGCUGUCUCCGUUUCGAGCUGCUCACGAUCUAUCUCCUGACGAGGGAUAGCGCUGCGGCCUCGGGCGACACCACGGAGAAGUACGACCCGAAGUUGGGGCUCAAGGCAAUCUCGCAGACGAUAGAGCCCCUGCUGAACGCCUACCAGGCCGUGAAGGCGAAGCUGCUGGCCAAGAGCAUCCUUGCUGAGGCGAUGGGCGGCUUCGGCUUGGACGAGGGCGACGGCGAAGAGCAGGAGCAUUGCUCAUCUUAUGAGAUGGCGAUGCACAGGUACAUAAUUCUGUUGCUCAUGUCCUUCUCCCCGGAGGGGAUCGGGGCCCACUUAGCUAAGCUAGAUAGAGAGGUGAUCAGCCACCCGCUCAUUAGCUUCGCUACGCAGGCUUAUGCCGCCUUCCAGACGGAAGACUUUGGAAGGUUCUUGCAUUUCUACCGCGAGGCGGACUUCCUCACCGCGGUAGCCAUGAGCGGCAUAGCCGACCUCGCACGCCUCAGAGUGCUCUUCAUGCUAUUCCGCACCUACCCGCAGCCCGUCGGGGACAGGGUGCCCCUCUCUAGACUAAAGACGAUCCUCGCCUGCAGCACCGACGCGCACCUGCGCCAGUUCUUGACCCACCACGGGGUCGCCGUGGAACAGGGCGCCUCGGGCUCGCACGUGGUCCUUCCGAAAAAGGGCACGCCGCAGGCGCUUAGCCACCCGAUGCUGUCAGGACCGAACAAGCUCCCCGAGAAGUGCGACUUCCCCAAGGGGCGAGACUCGCUUCUGGACGCCAAGUACGCCGCCCUCGGCCUCUCCCGGGCCGACGUCGUCUUCGGGCUCGCAGACCCCGUGGUGGAGGCCCCCGCAGCGGAGCCGGAGCUGCCGGCGGAGGAGCUGGAGCUCCGCCCGCGGCGGAGGCGCCGCCGGCGAGCCCGCCGCCGCGGACACGCCGACGUCGCCAUGCCGCCCACCGCGGGCCCUGCCGCGGAGGGCGCGCGGGAGGCCGCCGGCGCGGGCGGCGGGGCCUCCGCCGCCGAUCGCGGCGGCGCGCCCGCGGAGGCGGCCCCCGACGGGGCUGGCUGA